UACUUUGAAAGACGUAAUGGUGUUUUGUGUAAUGGAUGUAAUCUCUUCAAAACUGUCUGUCUAAAAGUAAUUUUUUGUUAGACAAUCUCAAAUAGAACAAAUUUGUAGUGAAAUCAAGCCACAGGCCAAUUUUCUAUACAUGUAAAGUACGAUGUUUUCCAUUCAGAAUCAAAAUCAGGCAAAAUUCACACUUUCACAAGUUUCUGCUAUACUUACACCGAGGCACAACAUCUACUUAAACAAAAAAAAUAACCCGAAGAAAAAAGACGAUAGGUUUUUGUGCGAAGACAGUUUUCUUGAAACUCUUAGUCAUUGCGACAGCAACCUUGCUAAGGACUUGAAUGUGAAUAAGCUUUUCGAGCAACACUUUUUAAAUAAACACAAAGUAUCGUACGUUUCGAGCGAUUCAUUUUACGAAAACAAGCAUGGCUUAUCUCAAAGCACGGUUAACGCUGAACAUAUGCCGAUUUUGUAUAUAAAGAAAAACAAGCCGAUUACCAUCUCGAGUAAUUUUUACGAUCGCUUAGUAAAUAGUUUGUUAACUAACAACAAGUUCUCAUUUAAUAUUCAAGUUAGAGGCUUUAAAACAGAACGAAAUCAUUCUGCCGAAUUAAACCGAAAUCCCACCUUGCUCACUAGGCUUAAGACCACUUUAGGCUUUUCCGAAGCAGCUGAAUUGGACAACAGAGUGAUCGCAAACGAUCUUCCGACAUCGAGCGAAAAAUUAAAGCAAAUUUUAAUAAAUGAAGAUUCUGGUAUUUCCGAUGCAGAGAAACAACGUAUCAAAAUUGCUUUCGCCGAGGGAUACCUAAUCGGAAAUAAUAGCAAUUUUAACAGGGGGAAGGCGGUGAAAUAUCUCAAAAUUGUUCAACAAGUGCUUACGAUUGUAAUAUUCUUAGCGAUAGUUGUUAGUUUAAUGGCCAGUGCGAGUGGGUCAAUGUUUCGAAUUCAGCUGGGCAACCAGGUGGAAGUCGAUCCAGAAGAUAUACAUGUUACGUUCGAGGACGUCAAAGGCGCAGACGAGGCGAAACAGGAACUAAAAGAUGUAGUCGAGUUUUUAAAAAAUCCCGAUAAGUUUUCAAGUUUGGGUGGUAAAUUGCCGAAAGGAGUUUUAUUGGUGGGACCACCAGGCACAGGAAAAACAUUGUUAGCUCGUGCUGUGGCUGGUGAAGCAGGCGUGCCAUUUUUUCAUGCAGCUGGGCCUGAGUUUGACGAGAUUUUAGUUGGCCAGGGUGCUAGAAGAGUUCGUGAUUUGUUUAAAUCGGCAAAAGAGAGAGCUCCAUGUGUUGUCUUCAUUGAUGAAAUUGAUUCUGUCGGUGCUAAACGUACCAAUAGUUUAUUACACCCCUACGCCAAUCAGACCAUAAAUCAGCUUUUAAGCGAAAUGGACGGAUUUCAUCAGAACGACGGAGUGAUCGUGCUUGGUGCUACCAAUAGACGGGAUGAUUUGGAUCAGGCACUCCUCCGUCCUGGUCGAUUCGAUGUUGAGGUUACUGUUCCGACGCCGGAUUAUACAGGUAGAUUGGAAAUUUUAGGAUUAUAUCUGGGGAAAAUUAUGGCAAAAGAAAUCAAUAUCGAGCUACUGGCUAGGGGAACAACUGGGUUUACUGGCGCUGAUUUAGAAAAUAUGGUGAACCAAGCAGCUUUAAGAGCAGCGAUAGACGGCGCAGACUGUGUGAGUAUGAAGCACCUAGAAUCUGCCCGCGAUAAAGUUUUAAUGGGGCCCGAAAGGAAAUCUCGCAUUCCAGACGAAGAAGCAAACAUGAUAACGGCGUAUCACGAAGGCGGUCACGCUAUUGUGGCUUACUUUACAAAGGACAGUCAUCCAUUACACAAAGUAACCAUCAUCCCUAGAGGUCCCAGUUUAGGUCACACAGCCUACAUCCCCGAAAAGGAACGAUAUCACAUUACAAAAUCUCAAUUAUUGGCGAUGAUGGACACAAUGAUGGGAGGUAGAGCUGCGGAGGAAUUGAUUUUUGGACCGGAAAAAAUUACAUCGGGGGCCAGUUCUGAUUUAAAACAAGCUACGCAAAUCGCUUCUCAUAUGGUAAAAGAUUGGGGCAUGUCGGAGAAAAUUGGCUUGAGAACACUACCAGAAAACGCAAAGUCCUUCAACUACGAACAGUUAGGUCCUUCCACUAAUGAAACGGUUGAUCACGAAAUUAAACGAAUUUUAACAGAAAGUUAUGACAGAGCACGAAGUAUCUUAAAAGCACACGCAAAAGAACACAAGGCGUUAGCCGAAGCCCUUCUUAAAUAUGAAACUUUAGAUGCAGACGAUAUAAAAGCAAUUAUGUCAGAUAAACCACCCGGUAUAGAAACGAAAUCGUAGUUUUAAAAUUGUAACUAACUAAUUUUAUUCAAAAAUGUUAUGCUACGAUAUAUAACCUUUAAAAUAGUUUACCAAUGUAUUAAAGUACAAUUAUUUAGUUUAAUGCAGUUAAAAUAGGUUGGAGUGACAUAAAUUUUAAUUUACAUGUAAAUUUCUUUCUUUCUAAUAAACUGAAACCGAUUUUCUGUU